UACGCUCUCUAGAAAUAGUGCCAUCUGUAUAAUUGUAUACUGUGGUACAAGUUGCUCAGAAUCCUGAGACUGUCAUCGUAUAGCCCGAGUCCAUAAGUCCUCCGGCUUCCCGUCGGGCUAUGAGUACUCACCUGGAUUCUUAGUAAUAUUUUUGUUUUGUAAUGCAGGAGGUUAUGUGGAUGCUGUCGAAUAUCGUCGCUGAUAGUGAGCACCAUAUUCAGGUUUGAACAGCAUCAUUGAAAGAAUGUGUAGUUUUUUCCUCUGCAGAUGGUGAUUGAUGCUGGUCUCAUGCCGGCGGUAAUGGAGAGGCUGGGGUGUGGUAAAUUCUCUGUCCAGAAAGAGGCCGUAUGGAUCGUCUCUAACUGCUUAGCUGUAGGCACACCUGAGCAGGUAAAGUACAUGGUAGAACAGGGAGCUGUGGGAACCCUCUGUCAUCUCCUGGCCUCCUACGCCACGCCCUCAAUGAUCACAACCAUCCUGGAUGGCCUCAAUAACACCCUAAGUAAGGCAGGUGAGGACAGUGAGGUCAUCUUGACUCAAAUGAAGGAGGCUGAUGGAUUGGACAUGAUUGAGAAACUACAGCAGCACGGGGAUCAAAACAUUUACCGGCUGGCCUGCAGCAUUAAGAGCCAUUUCCCAGAUGUGUAGGUAAUCGCUGAAACCGAUUGAGUACUAUUCAGUCAAAUCACAGAUGAGAUUUUACCCCCUGUUUUGAUGCAGUAGUUAUUUGUCUCUCUCUGUACACAUUUUGAGUGUAAUCAUAAUUUUGUACUGCUAUAUAAAACUUUAUACUACA